GCAUCUUGCUCAUAACUUACUGACUUCAGCUCACUAAGGUAUUUUUAUUUAUUGAUGUUUCUCGAAUUCUAUCCAUGAAAUCCCACGUAGUGCAUACUGGAGUUAAUCCGUGCUCGAUGAUGCCGGGGAUAUAUAGAACUUUGCAUGUUCCGCUCGUUUCAUAUCUGGAGACUGGGAUUUAUGUAAGCUGAUAUUUGAGGUAUCAAGAUACCGAAACUAGUAAUAUUGAUACACAAUGCAUCUCCGAGCAGUAUACCACCUUCGUCGAUAGAUCGAGAGCUUCAAACUCAUCAUGACGACAUAUAAUUGCUCAGCACAGCUAGCCAAAUUGGUGUGGCAACAUCGACAAACUAUGCAAGCAAUGCUUGGAGAGUAGUAGGGAUACCGCUUUAUCAUAUAAGGCCAUGUUCGCAGGGCCAGACAGAAGCCCGGAAGCUGCAACUCUGGCUCUUGGGACCAAGUAUGAGUACGAUCCCUUUGCUUCGUCUUUCUGGGAGGGAUUGAGUCUGACACGUACGAUGAUAUGGCUGUACGGCCACACAGACGACGCUGGGUGGACUCCUGUGGGGAACGGUCUAGACCAUCAAGAUCAGUCACGGUCUCGACUUUCAUCCACUGAUUGUGGUGUACCAGCUUCUAUAGGUAGAGUCCCUCCUUCACCACACAACCAGCAUAGGAUGUCUGGAGAAUUGUAAGCAAAUGAGCCUCACAAAGAGUGUCCCAUCACGUCCCAUUUGAGUCCGAUCCAUGAAAACCUCUGAUCUUAGCGAGGCAUGUUAACCGUCGUGAAAAGCCCAGAUAGCGAAUCCGAGAAGAUGCCUUCAUAGUUAUAGUGUACGAUAGUUUGACUGUCAGUCACUCUGUAUCUACCAUAGCCUUCGUCUUCUGGUGACACCUUCAUGGAUCAUCAGAGGCAUGCUAUGUGUGGUCCUGUCGAGCCAGGUAAGGCUUUGCGAACUGCUAGUGCCAAGACACCCGCACAGCCCUUGUAUCAGAGGAACCUUUCUCUCACUAAAUAUACCUGUAGACUC